AUGGCUCUUGAUAAGUUGAAUCAUAGCUUGGUUUUGGAUAAGCCAAUAAGGGUGAUGUGGUCCAACCGAUAUCCAGAUGCUAGGAGAAGUGGCGUUGGUAAUAUUUUUGUUAAGAACCUUAGUAAUUCUGUUGACAAUGCGAGCCUUCAAGAAUUGUUCUCCAAGUUUGGAGAUGUUUUAUCUUGUAAAGUCACCAAAAAUGAGGAUGGGACCAGUAGAGGAUAUGGGUUUGUUCAAUUUGCAUCACAGGAGUUAGCAAAUGAAGCAAUUGGGAACCUCAAUGGCUCCCUUUUCAAUGAUAGAAAAUUGCAUGUAGCUACUUUCAUUAAGAAACGUGAACGGUCUGCAAAUAUUGAUGACAAGUUUACAAACUUAUAUAUGAAGCAUCUAGAUGAUGACAUAACAGAGGAACUUGUUAAAUUGAAGUUCUCUCAGUUUGGUUCUAUAGUUAGUGUGAAGAUUAUGAGGAGACCUAAUGGGUCAUCUUUGGGGUUUGGAUUUGUCAGUUUCCAAAACCCUGAAAGUGCCAUUGAAGCACAAGAGACCAUGCAUGGGAUGCUACUUGGAUCAAAAGCCUUAUACGUGGGGAGGGCUCAAAAGGAGGAAAUGAAACAAUAUUUGCAGCGCUUACACGAGGAAAAGAGAAAUGAAAUCAUAACUAAGAGCAAUGAAUCAAAUGUCUAUAUCAAAAACAUCCAUGAUGAAGUUGAUGAUGAUGCUCUUCGUGCUCGCUUCGCUGAAUUUGGCAACAUCACAUCAGUAAAGGUCAUGCGUGAUGAUAAGGGCAUCAGUAGAGGCUUUGGAUUUGUAUGUUAUAGUACCCCUGAGGAGGCAAAGAGCACCGUAAACAGCAUGCGAGGUGUUAUGUUUUUUGGAAAACCAUUGUAUGUUGCUAUUUUCCAAAGAAAAGAGAAGAGCCAAGUUGCAGCAACAUUUCGCUCAGCUUGUGAGAAUGGUUUGACCUGCGAACUCUAUGAUCCCCACUGGAUAUCCACAAGUUUAUUUUGCCCAUCCAAAUACUCAUAUCCCUCAAGGUCCUCCGAGACAUGGAUUUGUGUAUCCACCCAUGGGGCUUAG